AUGUUCGAACACUAUCACUCGCCAAAACGUGUUAAACUGACGGAAGAUUCUCCAGACCCUUUGUUAAAUGUGUCUAAGCAAUUAAUGACGGGGCAUACUCCAAUUGCAACGCUGGUUUCCAACCAUACAAUAUUUGAGCAAUUGAGAGAUUUUCAAGUAGCUUACUUCAGGGAUCCUACUGAUAGUCCAGUACCAUUAAAUGCCUCUUCUAAUGAAGGAGAUAGUAACGCAAGGAAGACCGACACAAGAUCCAAACUCUUACUCGAUAAAAAUGGCGAUGCCCUUGCAGAUGUCGAUCAUUCGAGCGUACCGAAACCGGUGCUGAAAUCAUUCAAUCACAUUCUAAACAAUUCAAAGUUCAAAGAGUACUUUGAGAAGAUUCUGAUAAAGGUAACUGCAGUACCAGAACAUCAGAGUGUCACAUUGAGAAAUGGCUACCAAGUGGUAUUGAUCUGUAAGAUCUGUCAGCAUGCAAUCUACUUGAAUUCAUCAUCAUCAGGAAAUGCAGGAAAGCAUCUUGCAACCCAUGAAAACUUGAAGACCAUAACGAAAGCUGCCACGAAGAACCUGACCCUUCAAAGGAAGUCACUAUCAAUCAUGGAUAAGGAUUUGGAAAGGGAAUUAAGAACAAGCCAAUUUUCGCAGUUGGCUUGGAUUCUGUAUAAUGACGUUUCUUUUGGGUACAAUUUCAACAGAAUUAUCUCGGGAGGCUUCAAUUUCAAUUACAACCCACUCUUCAAUCCAGUUUCCCUGUGGGAUGUCAUAGAAAUCAAGAGUAAAAUUUUGGACAUAGACAAAAAGUUUAAAACUGAGAUAAGGAAACUCCUUAAAGAAACCAACUUAGUUUCACUGAUUAUAAACACAUGGGAUUUCUACGAGAAAUAUCCGAAGUAUCUAGCUUUGAUUGCAACCUUUGUUCCAAACAUUGUGUUAGUAAAAAGUAAGAAGACUCAAUCAAAACCAUUUUCAAACCUACUGAAGAACAAUUUUGGCCAGCUGCAAAAUAAGGUGGUAUUGGGCGUAAUAGAUAGGACAAAACUAGACAAUGAACAGAUAGCUACAUCAAUUUAUGAACUUUUAUUGGAAUACAAUAUCGUGGACAAACUGUUCAGCAUAACAGGUAAUUUCAUUAACGAGGAAAAAAAAAUAACUGAUUUAUUGCAGAAAAGAAUCAUAAAUCAUGGUGACUCUUUUAGUAUGAUGACAACCAUAAAUCGUAAAGAAACUUUGUUCAAUAUUGACAGCCUUGAAAAAAUAACAAAUACUCUGAUCAAGGUGGCUUACAAGAACAUGAACUCAUCUGUAAGGGAAGAUAUUGAAACGGUCAAAAAUAUUGCCAAAUCAAUUAAUGGAAGCCCGUCUGAACUAAGACGCUCAUUUAUGGGUUCUGGUUGUAGGAGACUCUUACAUCCUGUUGUAGAAGAUGAGGUUAGUACAGCGUACCUGUUGAAGCAGUUUACCGAAGACUGGAAAUUCAUAAGCAACUUAGAAGGAAAAGAUUUUGAAAUAAUAAAUACUAUCAAAAAGGAAAAUAUUGAAUCACUGGAGUUGCUGGUCAGCUCAAUGGCUCCUCUAUUGAAUUUAGAUACGUUAGCUAAGUGUGAUAACACUAACUCUCUAAUAAACAUCCCUCUAUAUGAUAACUAUAUUGCUUCUUAUCUUAACAAUUUUGAGGAACUCAACUAUAGUAAUCCACAUCAGAUACAGAACGUUCGUCUGGAAUCUAGUGCCAUCGAGACUGCUAAAGACGAAUGGAACCAUUUUAUGGACAAAAACGAGAUACUGUACAAUCUAUGUGAAAUUCUGACACCCUAUCUCAGAAGCGAACUGCAUGAUGCCAUUCCUAAAGUUGAAACGAAUUUACAGAAGCUGAAAACCGUUAGUAACGCAUCCAAUUCAUAUUCCAUCAACGCACUGCGUUUUCUAAUAGAAUUCCGCGGUAAUGUAGAUAUUCCAAUACCACAAGACACAGGAAUAGAAGAAAUACUUGCUUCGCUUGACGAAAACAAUGAAAUCAAGAAGUAUUUAAGUGAUGACCUGCUACCAAUCCCACAUACCAUAAAUGAUGCGAUGAAUCUCUACUUUCAUUACUGGACCUCAAAUAUGAAUACCUAUCCAACUUUAUCCCCUCUAGCACUUCACUUACUUUAUGUCAAAAGCUCUGGAAUUGAUACAGAAAAAAUGUUCUUUAUGUGCCAGAGUCUCAUUCUACGUGAUUUCCCAAUAGAUCAAGAAUUAAUAAGUGCUUUAAUCAGAGUCCGAAAUAAUGUAGACUUAUAUGAAAGCGGUAGCAGCUUUUUGGAGAAUAGCCUCCAUGAUUCUUUACUAUAUCUCAAAAUGGAUUUGCUGAGAUGUGGCAAGCGUACUUCUGGCAGAGUAUGA